GCCCAUAAAACACCUAAAAUUCUAACCUAUUUAUGCGACGCUACGUUUUCAACUCGAAAUUUAGCUUCGCGUAAAAAGUGUAUUACGAAUAAAUUCACACUAUUUAAGGAAUUCUACGAUAACUUAAGUGUUUCAAAUCAUCAAAAUGCUCCCAUUAUCGUUACUGCGGACCGCUCAAAACCAUCCAAUGCUCGUAGAACUUAAAAAUGGCGAGACGUACAACGGUCAUCUGGUUUCUUGCGAUAACUGGAUGAAUAUCAACUUGAGAGAAGUUAUUUGCACAUCACGAGAUGGCGACAAGUUUUGGAGGAUGCCAGAGUGCUAUAUUCGAGGCUCCACGAUCAAAUACUUACGUAUUCCUGACGAAGUUAUUGAUAUGGUUAAGGAAGAAACUCAAGUGAAGUCCCGCGGCCUCCGUGAAGUGUCGAAAGGUCGCGGCGGCAACAUGCGCGCGCGCGGCGCCGCCCGCGGGGCCUUCGGCGCGCGCCGCCCCGCGCCGCCUCCCACGAGGCAGCCCAACCAGCAACCCCGGCCCAUGAAGAAGAAGUAGACAAUAAGCUACACCGCUUCGCAAGAUUUAAACGAUUUUGGGUGUUAAAAAAAAAAUCCCUAAUAAGUAUUUAAAAAUAUUUUAAAUACUUAUGUCCGAGUCUCCCGGUUAUAGUUAAAAUCACGAAUAUCGAAUUUCACCACAUCUGUACGUAUGACAAGUCAGAAAGAGACUUCCGCUUGUAACUUGUAACUUUCAGUUUUGAGAAAUAGACCAUUGAUCUGGUGAAAUUCGAUAUUUGGGAUUUUUUUAAUGCCACGUCGGUGGCAAACAGGUGUACGGCCCGCCUGAUGGGAAGCGGUCACCGUAACUGUUGUUUCGGCUAGUGACUCUGAUGCAAUGCAAUGCAAUCGGUAAUUAUAAUAUAACUAUUUGCAAUCCUCAUCUUUAGCUUUACCACCAGUAUAGUGAAACUGUCAUGUUUUUUGAGAUAUUGGCACCUUUGAAGUGAAACUUAUAAUGCGACUUCCAUCUGACAGCCAACUCAAAUUUUGAAAUAACCCUUCCUAUUUUCAUUUCCACAUUACGAAGUUUCACUUCUUCGACUCCACGCACUAUUUUUUUCUUUUUUCUUUAUAUUUUUUUAAUUAAACGGUCAAUAUCUCAAAAUCCAUGACAUCUUCAGUAGUAUUGUUUUCGGUUACCGCGAUAGUUACUCAUGAAAUAAAACUAUGGCAUACAAUACAACAUGCAAACUAUGGAAACUGAUUAAAUCGCGUAUAAUAAAAUUACAAUUCAUCCCGACGUUUCGGACACAUUACAGCGUUCGUGGUCAACGGGUGACUGAGGAAAAAUUACAAUGUGCAAAAGCUACCCACAUACAAGAAAUAUUAACGAACCAUGACCAUAUUAAUAAACUUAUUUUAAGGCAGGUUAACACACUAUUUGCGCGAUUUAAUCAGUAUUCGUAGUUUUAUUUCAUUUUCAUUAAGAUCAAUUUUUGGUAUUUGUAUCACACUGGUGGUAAGGCCACUUGUGUCUAUUAGUCUACCAGUUACAAUAUAAAGUCAUUGACUGACUAUAGUUUAAUUUUUAUUAAAUUAAGGUUUUUGAUUA